AGGUUAGGAACGUGCAGACGCUGGUUCGAGUAGUGGGAGAGUAGAGAGCAAGGGAGAUAGAAUUGGUUCAGCUGUUGGAGAAUUUAUAUACAAGGGUUUAGAUGGUCUCUCGCUAUCGGUUGUGUUUGAGCUGUAGGUAACCGGAAACGCCGAAAAUCGCAUGCGUCCGAGGAGCCGCUGGAGGAUUCCGACCGUAUUUCGAGCUUCGUUCGAGGGCGAGGGCGCUGAAAUUGGGAAAGAAGAAGUGAAAACUAGCGGAGGAACCGGGGGCGCCGAGAGGAAGAGGAGAAGACUUUAGAGGAGUCGAAGUUGGAGGUACAGCUGAAAGGGAGAGAACAGUUAGGUCGCUCGAGAAAGAAAAUCCUGCGGCGUUUUUCAAUGGAGCGGUCGCGCGCGAGAUCGGAGAGAUAAUUCCCCCUCUUCCCCUCUCCCCGGAUGCUUAUCUGCUUAUCGACGUGUCUCUAGCUGUGGACGCGACCUUGCACCCGGAGUGCAAAGAACACCGUGAGGGCAAAACAAACGGGCAUUGUGAUGCCGGAGGUGAGAGGGCCAGCCAACUACCUGUAAUCAGAAAAAAACGAAUGGGAGUAUCGCGGCUGCGACGCUGAUCCUGAAUCUGGUUUCGAAUUCAUUUCGUCGACGGCUGCUGUCUUCCGCCGGCUCAGGGGAAAGCGCACGGAGGAGAGAGAGUUCCGCAAGACAAUAGGCGGAAGGCGAAUAAAAGAGGCGAAUUUUGCUCUGUGAUAUCAACUUAGUGACUUCAAACAAUGAGAACUGAAAGGAGGUCUAGGAGUUUGCCGAACGUGCCUCCAAGGUCGAAAGAUACGGAGAUUCUGUGGUCGGACAUAGCUGGUCGCAUUUUAAUAAAUGCAAUCUCCUAUCCUAUCGAGUAUGCCAAGGUUUUAAUACAGAUCGGAUACGAGCCUAUUCCACCUAAACCAACGGUAACGUUUUUUGGAAAGCCAGCACUGAAAUUACCUAAUGCCUUCACGUAUAUUAAACACAUAAAAAGCGUGGAUGGCUUCACAGGCUGCUACAGAGGUUUAGUGCCCAAGGUAUGUUCCUACACAGUUAGCACGAUAGCAUGCGACAAGACUUUGGAAUAUCUGCAGUCGAACAACUCGGUAGAGCAGAACGAGGAUGAAGACGACGUGGACGAGAGCGUGAGACGUAAAAGGUGCAUGAAUGAGAUCAUCAGGGACGUGAUCAGUAGAACAGUUGCGAUCGUAGUUAGUCAUCCUCUAGAAGUCAUUUCAUUAAGGAUGAUGGCGCAAUUUGUGGGCGGAGAGGCAAGAUAUAGUAGUCUAUUCGGCUCGUUCUUGGAGAUCUACAGAGAGAACGGAAUUCUAGGAUAUUAUGCAGGAUUGAUACCGCGCGUUAUAGGAAGCGCUGCGGUUAUAGUUCUGACUGGCAUCUCCACAUUCGCCAUAAAUAAUUACGUUAUACAGGAGCCGGCGAUGAAACCGUACACUGCAUCAACCAUGAAAUUUGUAGCUACGACCGUUAUGUACCCGUUCCUUGUGGUGUCGCACUGCAUGGCGGUAAACAACUGUGGGUUGGUAGCUGGUCUUCCACCGCAAAUGCCGAUCUACAACAACUGGCUGAAAUGUUGGUCCCAUCUGUCGGCUCACAACCAACUGAAGAGAGGCAGCAGCCUGUUGUGGCGUUACUACACCGGACCGCACAUGUUAAUGAACGGCAAGCUGAUACCGAUUAUGGGCGAUAACUUUUAUCAGCCCAGUUCUUAAUGAGCAUCUCAAAGUAAGCCAGACAAGUUGUCUGUUAAUAAACCAAAUAAGCCUGUUAUAAACCAAAUGAGUGUCGACCAAUAGUCGUGUCCAUUUGACUGUUUUAUUUAUACAGUGUAUACAUAUAGCCGUAUAAAAGAGAAAAGGAAAAUGAGAAAGUUUUGAUUGCAACGAAUUUCUAUAGCAAGAUUGUACAAGAAUUCCACGCGCUGAACACUCUUGUAAGCUCAAGUCGUUAUCGGAUAAAAAACAGAAAAGAAAGAAGGUGAAUCAGUUAGGGUCGAUCGAGAUGACUUUUGCAGUUAAAACGUAAUAGUAAUUGUCAUCGCAAUAUUUUCUAGGAAAUAAAGGAUUUUAGACAAUAUUUUCUAGGGGAGGAAAUCAAGAACCAUUAAACAAAUCAUCUUUAUAAUAUUUUAGCAUUUAUAAUGGUAUGAGAUUAAUAGACGUCAUUUUUUAAUUAUUACAUGAUGACUAUUAAUCGCGCUUACACGGAUAUGACUGUAAUCGUCUUGAUUGAUCCUGCAUCUUCAAUAAAGGCAUGCAAUACGGAAUACUUGUAAAUAUAAAUAAAUAAAAUAAUUAGAGUAAACACACACCGUAUAGUUGCGCAAUAAAAAAAGUGAUGCUGGAAGAAA